UCUUUUUGAGAGAAGAGAAGAUAAAUGUGGUCACUUGUCUUCUUUGGACCAAAAGUAAGACCAGCUAUUUCCCAGCAAAUAAAAUGAUAAUUGUCAUGCAAACUCUGAUAUUUCAAACACCGUGUUCUUUUUUUUUCUUUCUUAUGGCUCAUCCACAAGUUAUUUUGGAGAGACUACAAGCUCGAGAUUUGCAUGAAGGCAUAUUCCACGAGCUUAUUUUAGCAAAUAACCAAUUACUCCAGCAAGUUAUUGAACACAAGAAAAAAGAAAAAAAAAGAAAAGAGCUGAUUUCAGAAGGGUAGGUCAUGUUAUAACUCAAGGAGAGAGGCCUUAUGGGGAAAAGUAGAUCUUCUCAAAAUGUAGCUGAAUUAGAUAGACGUAUCAGAGAUCUAAGUGAAGAAAGAGCAGAAAUGUACAAGACACAGAGUGAAAAUGCUCAAAGACUCAUUCACUUGAGCGAGCAGCUUCGGAUAAAAGAAGACAAGGAAAAGCGACAAACAAAAGAGCUUAUACAACUAUCCGACCAAGUCAAAAAAUUAUCUGCCAAAUGUGAACUUCAGGUAUAUCAGCUGAAAGAAAAGGACGUUACGAUACAGAUAUUGCAAGAUGAAUUAACGGCACUGCAACUCGAAAUUACGACUACAGAAGAGAAAAAUAAGAAUCUCUCCAUCGAGAAUAAGCAGUUACUACAGAGGUGGAUAGAUUUAAAAAAUGCAGAAGCAGAAAAGAUGAACGAAGCUAUGCAAUUCUAUGAGCAAGCACUUGAGCAAGCUAAAAAUUCCCCUGAUAGGAAGAGAAGCCAACCUAAGGAAGCGUUGUCAAGUUAUAAUUUGUUGCCUAGCAAAAUCUAUAAAAAAAUUAAUGCACAUGAUGAUGAUAUCCAUUGCAUAGCAGCCUCCUCUAAAGGUGCGUUAUUUGCAACAGGUGGCGCUGAUAGAAAAAUUAGACUCUAUGAUACAAGAAGUGGUCAUAUGAUACAAGCACUUGGUGGUGCUCUUCAAACAAUCACAUCUGUAUCCUUUAAUUCUACAGAUGAAAUGAUUCUUGGGUCAUGCACAGAUAAUGCAACUAGGAUAUGGAGCCUUUCAACGCACAGAUUACGACACACAUUGACUGGUCAUAUCGGAAAAGUAUAUGCUGCCAAAUUUACUGGUGAUUCUAAUCGUGUGGUUUCUGGUAGUCACGAUCGAACUCUCAAAGUCUGGGAUCUGCAAAGAGGAUACACUGCGAGAACUAUCUUUACCUUUUCAAGCUGCAAUGACCUGUGUCUUAUGGACUCUGACGGUCAAACUCUGAUCAGCGGUCAUUUGGACAAUCAUAUCAGAUUCUGGGAUACACGUACAGGCUCAGGUAUAAAGGAAUUAACAGGAGUACACAAUGGGCAGGUUACGUCUGUUAGCAUGUCAUCAGAUGGAAUGUACCUCUUGACAAACUCGAGAGACAAUACUUUAAAAAUUAUUGAUGUUCGUAUGUACGACAUCUUGAAGUCAUUUCAAGCGGAUUCAUACCAUAACGGCCUUAAUUGGUCCAGAUCAACAUUUAGCCCUAGUGGGAGCUACGUUGCAGCUGGUUCUUCAGAUGGUACUUUGUUCGUAUGGAAUGUCAACACAGGAAAAGUUGAAAGGAUGCUAAAAGAACACAGAUCUGCUAUUUGUGGAGUAGCUUGGAACCCUACCGGCGAUCAUAUCUUUUCUGCAGAAAAGAACAAGGCUGUCUGUAUAUGGGAUACAGCGUAAUUUCUUUUGCCGUUUUAUAAUGCGUGCAAUUCAAGGCGUAUGACCUAUAAUAAAUACUUUUUAUUCCCUGUUAUACUUUAUUCGCACCCUGAUAGAAAAAUGAUAACUUCAGACAUCAAAUAAUCAUAGAAGAGAGUUCACAAGAAGCAAAAGAAUGAAAUAUAAAAGAAGUGUUUAGUGAACCAGUUAUUUACAUUAAUAUUAAAUGCUUACAUUAUAAAG